AAAAGUCGUCGUCGGGUUGCCCCAUCAAGCUGCCGCCAUUUUGCCCAGUGCCGAGAGGAUUGCGUCGAGAGGAUUCCAAAUCGCGGCGACGCGACCUCAGAUUUGCGGAUCGAGCCCAGGACGAAAAAGGGAUAUUUUUGGGUUUCGGUGCAGGACGUGCGGCCGCGGAACGGUUGAACGAGAAGAAGUUGAGCGACGAAGGAUCGGCCGCGGAGGAUUGCGUGUGUUUUUUGUUUUUUUUUUGCCUCGAUAUUAUUUCUCUCGUUCACUUCUUGCUCGUCGUCGCCGUCGGUUGGUCGGGAUCAUUGGUGUUAGUUCGGGUAGUGAUGUCGAGAGGGAAGUGUAGUCUGGCGAGCGUUCGACUUGGACUGGUCUGUCCGUACACUAAUUAUGGCCGAUGGUUGAUUUGUUUAUUUUAAAAUGAUGAAUUAUGUGCCUUUUCGCGACGCUUGGCCUGUGCCGAGCUAGGACCCAGUGUGCGUCGACAGUUUGAUGGAAUCUCCGCUGAUCAUGUGUUUCUCUCCGAUGCGAGACUUCUAAAUAAACCCGUGUUUUAACAUACAUCUCUACACAUACAUACACUACUACUGCACUCACUCACUCUCUCACAUAGAGCGACGACGAACGACAUUCGCAUUACUCUCUUUUUUAACACACUGACUACGGCUUAAUAUUAUUAUACCCAACAUAAUAUUUUCCGUUCAUUUGUUUUGCUCGUCUUCUCUUCCGGAUUCUCGGCUCGCUUUAUCACACAGCCAAUCCGUACGCAAACGUGUUUUGUUUUUACUAUGGCCGAUCAUCUUGUUGAUGGACCGCCGAAUGCCAAAAGGCAGAAACUGGACGCGUUCCAGGGCCAAUCGGACUCUUCCGUGUCGAUGCAACACGCUUUCAACUACAACUUGGGGCCUGGACAUGGCCAGGGCCUCGGACAAACACUUGGUGGUGGCCAAUCCAAUCCAACGCAUCAAUGGAAUUCGCAACAGCACCCAAAUGUAUUAUCAAACAUGGACAUGAUUGAUUUGGAAAACGAUCUGCCUGAUGAGCUGAUGUCGUCGGGGAGCUCCUGGGGAAUGCCCGACAACAUGGGGGGAAACAGUAAACCUCCCGCACAAGGCCCCGGCCCUGGUGGACCAAUGCAAAACGGUGGAAUCGACAACGACGGUCCAAACAAUGCAUCUAUGAGACAGAUACAAUUAAACCACCAUUUGCUUCAGUCCAAAGGGCUGAUGGGCAACACGCUUUCAAUGGCCGUUAACCAGCUAGGCAGCAAGAGUCCUAUAUUACAGUCACCUCCCAAUGUGACUUUGCCAAAGGCAAUUGUAGGAGAGUUGUCCAUGGGAGGAAAUAUCCAAUCUAGCAUUUCGAACAACAUUGGUUUGCAAUCAAUAGCAAACAACGGCAGUUCGCCACAAGUAAUGAGCUCUAUACAAGGUAUCAACAAUAGCGGGGGUAGCAGCAACAUGGUUAUGAGCAAUAGCAGUAUGAAUACGAUGAGUGGCAUGGGUGGAGGCGGUUUGGUAGUCAGCAGCAGCACCAUAAACAAACCGAACGCCCCGAACAUGUUAGCCCCUGGCCAUCUUCCGAACAACCACAAUGUUGGUUUGCAAAAUGGUCCGAUAAUUAGCCGUUCAAUAAAUCUGCAAAUGAACCAGCGUCCGCUGGGACCCCAAAGUGUUCAUCAAAUUGGUGCUCCUAGAAUGCAGCCACCUACAAUGAUUUCGUGUGGACCGCCUGGACAGAACAUCACUGGCGGCACGCCAUAUGCGUAUCCCAAUGGGGGUCCGCAAGGUGUACCCCAAGUUGGAGUAGUAGCUCCUCAACAAAGAGGUAGCGGUUUGAGUUUACAGCAGCGCUUCAUUAGUCCAACCGGAAACGUUGGUCCCCAAGGAGGCGGUGCAGGUGGUGAAGGCGGCAUGGCCCAAACCCAACUACCUGCCCCGUCUCCAGCACAACCGCAGUCUGGUGCUCCAAGUGGGACACAACCUGGACCACAGACUGCAACUCAGAAUCAAGUUGGUGUACCUACGCCAUCCACCGAUCCAGAGAAAAGGAAGUUGGUUCAGCAGCAGCUUGUACUGCUUUUGCACGCGCACAAAUGUCAAAGACGAGAGUCACAAGCAAAUGGUGAAGUGGCGCUCCCACAUUGCACCCUUCCCCACUGCAGAACUAUGAAAAAUGUACUAAACCACAUGAUGACAUGCCAAGCGGGCAAAAGUUGUGCAGUUCCACACUGUAGUUCGUCGAGACAAAUCAUAAGUCAUUGGAAACAUUGCGUGCGCAACGACUGUCCAGUAUGCUUACCUCUUAAGCAGGCAGACAAGAAUAGAAACAACCCCACUGCUGCCACUACAGCCCCACAAAGUACGCAGUCGCCAAAUCCAUCUCCUGUGGAUAUGAGACGAGCCUACGAUGCUCUGGGAAUUCAAUGUCCGACUACUUGUGCUACCCCACCUUCUGGAUUAAUACCUAACAUAGCGGGAGUACAAACGCGGCAUCGACUUCCUCUAUCCGCAGGUUCUAAUAUGUGUGUGAGGGUUUUGGCUCCACCUCAAAAUAUAGUGGCGCCAAAUGUAAGUCUACCAUUGGGCAGUAACGACUCGCCUGCAUCUCAACAAAAUGCAGUUGCGCAAGCGGCUGCUAACCUUCCGCAAAGUGUUUCUAAUAACCAGUUAUUUGGACUCGGAAACGAAACCAAUAAUGCCUCUUCCUUGGUUGGUUCGGAUAAUAGAGUACAAUUACCAGCUGGUUUACAACCGGGCCAGGUGACGGCGACGCCUGUCCAGGGUACAAAGGAAUGGCACCAUUCUGUAACGCCCGAUCUCCGAAACCAUUUAGUCCAUAAAUUGGUCCAGGCCAUAUUUCCCACACCAGAUCCUCAAGCUAUGCUUGACAAGCGAAUGCAUAACCUCGUGGCAUACGCGCGGAAGGUUGAAGGUGAUAUGUAUGAAAUGGCCAAUUCCCGAUCUGAAUAUUACCAUUUACUGGCCGAGAAAAUUUAUAAAAUCCAAAAAGAAUUGGAAGAAAAGCGGCAACGUAGGAAAGAACAACAGAUGCAAUCCCAGCAACCUCAGUUAAGGCCAGCACUGCCUGGGCAGCAACAACAGGUUGGAGUUCCUCCUGGCGUAGUAGUACCUCCACCAAGGCCUCCGGGUGUUGUACCCGGUUCAAUGUCGCAAAAUCCAGCUCAAGGUCUCCGAAGUAAUUCUCCAGCAUUAGGUGGCAUGAGCAUGGGAUCUCAAAUAAAUAACUGUAAUAAUCGUAUUCUAUUUACGGGCCAAAAUGCUCAAAACGCCCAACAACCUAAUGUUGUUGGUUUACCUGGACCAUCACCUACAGCUUCGAUCAAUAAUCCAAGUCUGUCACCAUUUAGCCAACCAAUGUCACAACAGAACACCGGUCAAGGCACCCCAACAUCUCAAUUUUCUACUAAUUCGAAUGGUCCAACGUUACCACUGAGUUCUCCUGCUGGUAGUGGAGGUGGCAUAGUGAACUCUGCUGCAACCAAUGGAAACCAAAUCAAUAAUGUUGCUGCAAAUAAUGCCUCGCAGCAACAGCAAUUCAACGAUGUACUGAAGAGUCGACCGGCACCAUCGCCGUCAGCUUUCGGUCUACAGCAAAGCGGAUUAAACUCUCAGGCCACCCAACAACAGCAACAACAACCCCAGCAGCAGCCACAACAACCAAACGCUAGGCUAUCAACGCCUUCAGACGUGACGACACCGCAUACAUCGGCAGGACCGAAAUCUGUGAGCUCGUCGCGGGGUGCUAGUCCUGCUCCGGCAACACCAAUAGUGGCAUCAUCUCCAGCACCUACAGUAGCAAGUCUCGGUAAAGGAAUGUCGAACUCGGAAAGGGCAGCUCAAUCAAACGUAGUUCGUCCAUCUAAUAUGUCAUCUAUAAUAUCGGCAAUUACUGCUGCUGCUGACCGAAAUGAUGAUUCGCCACCUCCGUCAAACGGCGGCGCUGGAGGCGGAAAACUAGAUCAAAUAAAACAAGAGCCGAUGGACUGUAAAGACGAUGGUAAUGGGGAUGGAAUGCAUGCAUCCGACAAUGGUUGUUCCGGAGGAAAAGGCAUCAAGACUGAAAUCAAAAGCGAACCGAUUGAUAAUGAUAACGAUAAUAAAGAUGAUAUGCAGAUAAAACAGGAACCGCGUACCCCUUCAGAGGGUUCUUCCAGUCAGGAUAUUAAACCUGCGACCAAUAUGGAAAUUAUGCCGGGAAUGAACAAUCCAACGAAGCUUUUUAAACCAAACGAGCUUCGCCAGAAAUUGAUGCCCACAUUGGAGAAACUGUAUAGACAGGACCCCGAGAGUAUACCAUUUAGGCAGCCUGUUGAUCCCAGUUCCCUGGGUAUUCCAGAUUAUUUUGAUAUUGUGAAACGUCCUAUGGACUUGUCUACGAUCAAGAGGAAACUAGACAUUGGACAAUAUUCUGAUCCAUGGGAAUAUGUAGACGACGUGUGGUUAAUGUUUGACAACGCAUGGUUGUACAACCGGAAAACAAGCAGAGUCUACCGAUAUUGCACUAAGUUGUCCGAGGUGUUUGAGCAGGAAAUUGAUCCUGUUAUGCAAUCAAUUGGUUAUUGCUGUGGACGUAAAUAUACCUUCAAUCCACAAGUCCUCUGCUGCUUUGGGAAACAACUGUGCACCAUUCCAAGAGACGCCAAAUACUAUAGUUACCAAAACAGUUUAAAAGCUUAUGGUCUCGGAUCCAACAGAUAUACUUUCUGCCAGAAGUGCUUCAACGAUAUCCAAGGGGAUACUGUAACGUUGGGCGACGAUCCUACCCAAGCUCAAACCGCUAUCAAAAAAGAAGAAUUUAAGGAAAUGAAAAACGAUCAUUUAGAGAUGGAACAGUUUGUAAUCUGCAAUGACUGCGGUCGAAAACUUCAUCAAGUAUGUGUUUUGCACAUAGAAAAUAUCUGGCCAUCCGGCUUUAUGUGCGACGAGUGUCACAAGAAGAAAGGCUCGAAACGCAAGGAGAACAAAUUCAACGCGAAACGUCUACCAGUUACAAAGUUGGGAAUAUAUAUUGAAACAAGGGUUAAUAACUUCUUAAAGAAAAAAGAAUCUGGAGCUGGAGAAGUCAGUAUACGUGUUGUAUCCAGUUCGGAUAAAUUAGUGGAAGUUAAACCUGGAAUGCGAAGUAAAUUCGUAGAAACUGGUGAACUGAGCAAUGAGUUCCCUUAUCGUGCAAAGGCAUUAUUCGCUUUCGAGGAAAUCGAUGGAGUAGAUGUUUGUUUUUUCGGAAUGCAUGUGCAAGAAUAUGGUUCCGAAUGUCCAUCGCCGAAUACGCGGCGAGUCUACAUCGCCUAUCUAGAUUCGGUUCACUUCUUCAAACCUCGUCAUUGCAGAACUGCAGUUUACCAUGAAAUAAUCUUAGGUUAUUUGGAUUACGUCAAAAAGUUGGGUUACACUAUGGCUCAUAUAUGGGCAUGCCCUCCUUCUGAAGGUGAUGAUUAUAUAUUUCAUUGUCAUCCAUUGGAACAAAAGAUUCCGAAACCAAAACGGCUCCAAGAUUGGUAUAAGAAGAUACUAGAUCGAGGAAUCAUUGAGAGAACUGUUCUUGAUUAUAAGGAUAUUUUGAAGCAGGCCAUGGAAGAUAAUUUGCGAUCGGCGGCUGAUUUGCCUUAUUUUGAAGGCGAUUUCUGGCCGAAUGUUCUCGAAGAAAGCAUUAAAGAACUGGAUCAAGAGGAGGAGGAAAAACGCAAACAAGCUGAAGCUGCUGAGGCCGCCGCCAAUGCGGUAAAUAUUUUUUCCAUGUCCGAAGAUUCUGAAAUAGGCGCCGAUGGAAAAAAGAAAGGUCAGAAAAAGGCUAAGAAGAGUAAUAAAUCAAAAGCCAAUCAGAGGAAAAAUAGCAAAAAAUCAAAUACUCCUCAAACUGGUAACGACCUUUCAACAAAGAUCUUUGCCACCAUGGAAAAACACAAAGAAGUUUUCUUUGUGAUUCGUUUGCAUUCUGUGCAGUCUGCAGCUAGUCUUGGGCCAAUUCAAGAUCCCGAUCCAUUUAUCAGUUGCGAUCUCAUGGAUGGUCGUGACGCCUUCCUUACGAUGGCACGAGAAAAGCAUUACGAAUUUUCCUCGUUGCGUCGUGCUAAAUAUAGUACAAUGUCCAUGUUGUAUGAACUCCACAAUCAAGGACAAGAUAAAUUCGUGUACACUUGCAACAACUGUAAAGCUCACGUAGAGACACGCUACCAUUGCACCGUGUGCGAUGACUUUGAUUUAUGUAUUCAAUGCUACGAGAAAAAUGGGCAUCCACAUAAAAUGGACAAACUUGGUUUGGAUUUGGAUGACGGUUCGUCCCCAAGCGAUUCUAAACAACAAAAUCCACAAGUGGCGAGAAAGGAAUCGAUCAAAAGAUGCAUCCAUUCACUGGUGCAUGCAUGUCAAUGCCGAGACGCCAAUUGUCGCUUGACCAGUUGCCAAAAGAUGAAACGUGUAGUUACACACACGAAAGUUUGCAAGAGAAAAACGAAUGGUGGUUGUCCCAUAUGCAAACAACUUAUUGCCUUGUGUUGUUAUCACGCUAAACACUGCCCUGAAACCAAAUGUCCAGUGCCAUUCUGUUCGAACAUCAAACAUAAACUUAAGCAGCAACAACUCCAACAAAGAUUACAACAAGCUCAACUGUUACGUCGUCGUAUGGCUGUGAUGAACACGACGAGAGCCCAAGGAACGAAUUUGGUCAGCAACAGUGUUCCAAUGGGAGUACAAGGUGUUGUUCAAAAUGUUGUACCGGCAGCUGCUGUUAGUCCAUCGAUGAAUGCAGCUGGAAUGGGCAAUGCAGGUGGCAUGGGCGUACCUUCACCACAUCAACCUGGAAUUGGUAUGAAACCAGGUACCCAAACACCGCCAGCGAAUGUUCUUCAGGUAGUGAAGCAAGUCCAAGAAGAAGCAGCUAGACAGCAGGGAUCUCAUGUUAGUUACGGAAAAAAUAAUCCUAGCGGCGUAGUUCCUGGCCAGAAUAUGCCACCACCCCAAAUCCAACGACCUUUGGGGCAUAUGGGUGCUGGACAAGGUGGCAACUUAUUACCUAUGGAACAAUGGCAGCAUAAUAGAUAUCCGGGUAGCGUAGGGCAAGGUAUUAGGCAGCCUGGACCAGGCCAAGUGAUGCCUGGUCAAGGUUGCCAAGUGGGUGGUGCUCCUAGUCAUAUGCAAGGUAACACGCCGGCCGUGAGAACUGGAGUGGCAGGCAUCAACCCGCAAGGUGGCACUAUGCUUCAUAAUAAACAAGCACUUGCCCAAUUAAUGCAGAUGCUGAAAUCUCCACAACCUCAAUCCCCAGAUCAACAAGCACAGAUUUUGCAAAUACUCAAAACGAAUCCACAAUUGAUGGCAGCUUGUAUCAAACAACGACAGGCUCACGCUCAGGCAAUGCAAAACAGUGGAGGAGGCGGCGUCGGUGGAAACCCUCAGCAGCCUCAGUUACCUCACAUGCUCAGCCAGCAGCAACCUGCGCAAUUGCAGGGUAGAAUGCAGAUGCAGCAAACUCCAAUGAUGGGACAAGGUGGUCAGCCAGGCGUUCCUGGAAACCAGGCUGGACAAAUGACGCAGCAACAACAGCAGUGGUAUAAGCAUCAACAGAUGUUGCAGAUACAACGGCAGCAACAGCAACAAUUACAACAGCAACAGCAGCAGCAACAACAACAGCAGCAGCAGCAACAGCAGUUCCAACAACCACCAUCGUACCAGGCCCGCCUGCCGGCGUUACGGCAACCAUCGAUGGGCUACAACAACUUCCAGGAUCAACAGUAUCCACCGCCGAUGCAAGGACUGAAACCAACGCCGCCACCUGUGCCGUCCCCGCAAGGAGUGAUGGGGCCACCGAUAUCGGUUCAGCAGCAGCUCAUGCAAAGUGUCCGGUCGCCGCCACCAAUUAGAUCGCCCCAACCGAACCCUUCGCCCAGACCUACACCCAGCCCGCGCAACCAACCAGUGCCGAGCCCCAGAGGCCCGCAACCCUCUCCCCACGACCUCGCCGCCUCUGAAAUGCUUUUAGGACAAAAUCAUACGAAUCAACAAGAUAAUGAUGUACCUACAUUGACUCCCCAAGACCAAUUAAGUAAAUUUGUUGAACAGCUUUAGUGGUGAGUGCAUUCGCCGAACUAAAAUUACAUGGUGCUGUGUUAAUAUUUAAAAAAUAACUUCGUACAAAGUGAUUUCUCUUAUCAUGAUCAUUUACUUCAUUUUUAACUUUAUA